UAGUGAGGUUUUAUAAUAUAGUUUAUGUUUUAUGUGAUAAAUUGUCUCCCCCUUCUAAAAUUGAACAUCAAACAUAACCGGGCCGGGUUUGCUGAACAUGUCGGCGUCGGAUUCAGCUCUGCCGGAGGAGCUAUGGAGGCGAAUCCUUGAAAUCGGAAUUGAAUCCUCCAACUUCAACUACAAAGAUCUUUGUUGUCUCUCCAUAACUUGCACCCUCCUCAAUCGACUCUCCUCCGAUGAUUCUCUCUGGUCCUCGUUGUUCUUCGCCGAUUUUCCCCAAUAUCAACAACCUUCAUCUUCAUGUUCUGUUUCCAGCAAAUGGCUCUACAAAAUUAGAUACGAAAAAGUUCGAGAACAGAAGCUUUUGGCCCAUAGAAGGGCUGUUUUGAGAAUUCAGAGUGAAAUUAAUGAGCAUUCUAGGAGGAUUGGAGAGAUGGAACUUCGAUCUGCAGAGGAGAAAGGGAAAAUGAAGAACACUGUUGCCGAGAUGUUGAAUUUGCGUAAGAUCAGUCAAGCCAAAGUUGCACUAAAUGUUUGGCAGCCAGAGAUUGUCCGGGGUAAGCAGAAGCAGAUGGUUGAGCAGUGCAAUGUACCUAUUGAUAACCGUAUCCAUGCCAUUGAGAUGGAGCUCAAGCUAUGCAAACAACAAAUUCAAGGGUUAGAGAAGGCCCUUAGUGUUGAAAAAAAAAGGAUGCAGACAGCAAAGGAAAAACUGGCUUCAGUAGAAUAUCACCCCUUGCGGGAAUUUAACUUGACAGUCCACCCGGUUGAUGAAAAUGACAUGAGAAGGAAAAGACUUAAGAACUUCAUCAAGUAAGAAAACUAGGAGUUGAUGCAUAACUGAAUCGAUGAUUUACUCAUGGUUGAGGAGUCUUCACAUUGGUUCGUCUCGCAAAUGGAUGGUAUUCAGCCUAUUUGCAUCUCUGUCCAAGCUCUAUGCUAGGAACCGAUAUUGCAGUUGUGAGUUCCUGUUGAUUAUUAAAAAUAUAGCAGAUCCGAUUUACCUAGAGUGCUCUUAGAAAUAUGUGAUAUAGGGAGGGUCAAAGGCAAGUAUAAGUAUGGACAAUGUUGUUGUUGUCUUUAUGGUCGACUAUGGGGAAAGACUGUUCAAGUAAAUGGUGAAUUGUUCACCGAAGUCUGGAAAAGUGAGCAAAAUGAAUGUUGUGCAAUAGGAAGGGGGACUCUGGGCUACUUUGGAAUAUCCAGUUGAUGCAGAUCGAGAAAAAAAAUACUUUUGUACCUCACACAACUGACACAAGUUAUGUGUGUCUCUUUAUGUUAUGACAAAUCGAGUUUGUGCGAAUCAAAAUGCCUCACACAACUUAAAACUUGUGCAAGGUUGCCUAUGUUUGAAAAGUGGAAUAUGUGGGUUAGCAAAGUUCUUGUCAAACACAGGCAACCCAUUUGGGUCCACGCAAUUAUCAUUUGUCACACAUUGGGAAACCACUAUACUACUUGUGUCAACUGCUGCAGCGCAACAUAAAAACCUCAUGUAUUUUGGUGUUUUUCAUUUUUAUGAUAAACUUUAUUUGUAUGUCGAUAAAAAUGCUAGACUAUAAGGUCUAUUUAUGUGUGAACUGGAGUAUGUUGUAUGUAUUUGAUGUUGAAUUGUGCGA